AUGUUCACCAAGGAUCUGGGCAAGAACUUUUUGCAGCUGGCCGAGUACGUGGUUCAGUUCAGCUGGGGCAGCAAGUCACAUGAUCAGAGUAAUCGAGUGUAUUUCACGUCUUACAGAGAGAAGUCAGGAGACCAGGGGCGUCUGUCGCUCUGGACGACAGAGGUGGAUUUCAACUUCGUCGAUAUUAGCACAAAGGGCAAGCCGAAAGGAGGGCCGCAAGAGAGUCUGAGACACGGGAACAAGUUCCUUGUCUCAAACGAGUACAUCCUCGUGGCCAAGGUCAGCAACGAACAGGCUCAGACCGUGCACCUCCUGGUCUCCAAGGACGGCGGGAAGUCGUUCGAUGCCGCCCUGCUCCCUUCUGGAAUGGGUGAGCUGGAGGAAAAGUGGUACACUGUUCUGGACACUUCGGAAGGCGAGGUGAUUCUGCACCUCAACUCCGACAGCGAGGGCGAGAAGGAUACCGGCCGGAUCUUCAUCUCGGACAGUGGCGGGUACAAGUUCUCCCAGUCUCUCGUGAACAACGUUCGCUCGUCGAAGGGCGACUGCGAGUUUGACAAGGUGGUCAGCCUCCAGGGCGUGUACAUGGCCAACAUUGUGGUGCCCGAUUCCAAGUCGGACCAGCAGACGUUCGCGGCGGGCAAGGCGAAGAUGGCGGACCAGUUGGAGGACGAGGCCGCAGACGGCUCUGCAGUAGAUCAGAAGCAUGGCCGUGGUUUCAACAAGGGCGUAUCGGGCAAGUCGGCGAAGGAAGAGCGCACUAUCCGGACGGUGAUAUCCUUCGACAAGGGCGGCGCCUGGAAGUACCUGAAGGCGCCCAAGGUAGACAGCCUCGGCAAGCCCUACGACUGCGCGGGCAAGCCGGCGGAGGAGUGCGCCCUGCACCUGCACGGGUCCACCUCGUGGGACUUCUACGCGCCCUUUUACUCCAUGGAGUCCUCCGUGGGCAUCAUCAUGGGGACCGGAAACGUGGGCAGCUCGCUGCGCUUCGAGCCAGAGGUCACCAACACGUACGUCUCCCGGGACGGCGGCCUCACAUGGUUCGAGGCGCACAAGGGGGCGUUCAUCUACGAGUUCGGCGACCACGGCGGUUUGAUUGUGAUGGCGGACGACCUCCACAAGACAAGCGAGGUCGUCUUCACGUGGAACGAGGGCCAGUCUUGGUUCGAUCUGGGUCGGCUCCGGCGCGACCUCCACGCCGUUCGACGUCGACAACAUCAUCACCGAGCCCAACCUGACCGCGACCACGUUCAUCAUGUUCGGCACCCGAGGCGAGGGGGCGGGCGUGAUGUACUACAUGGCGUUCGAUGCCCUAGGCUUCCCCGCCUGCUCGGGGGCCUGGGCCGCGGACUCGGUGUCCUCGGACUACGAGACGUGGAGCCCGUCCGACGGGUCGUCGGCGUCGGACAGCUGCCUGCUGGGCGCGCAGACCACCUACACGAGGCGGAAGCAGACCGCCCAGUGCUUCAACGGCGUCCAGUUCGAGCGGCCGGUGGAGCAGAAGAAGUGCGCGUGCACGGAGCAGGACUACGCGUGCGAGAUGGGCUUCGUGCGCAGCGUGGGCUCCACCGAGUGCGCGUACGGCGGGCCGGACAUGAUGCCCGCCCGCCUGGUGCCCUCCGUGUGCUCGGGCAGCUACAGGGCGCCGGCCUACCGCAAGGUGGCGGGCGACAAGUGCGAGGGCGGCUGGCAUCCCGAGCAGGUGGACGUGCCGUGCCCGGGCGGCGCCGUGCACCUCUGGAGCGCGAAGUAUGCCCUGGCGGGGUUGCUGCUGCUGGGCGCCCUCUACGUCUGCGCAGGCAAGCUGUCGGAGGGAAGCGGCGGUAA